AUGCUGAGGAAGAUGGAGGCCAAAGUGAAUCUCAACAGCGACGAGGGCAAAGAAGACAUGGAGGUUGGUUUACUAGCGACCUAUGGCGGUCGAUGUAUGAGCACACAGGCGAUGCAGUCGCUCUAUGAUCUCAGACGGAACAAUCUUUUUUGCGACGCCAUUAUUCGGCUUGAAGAUGGUGGAGUUUUUCCAAUUCAUCGGGCUAUUUUGUCUGCAUGCAGCACUUAUUUUAGGACAUUAUUCACCACAAGUCUCUACACGGAAGAAAAAACAGAUGUAUUAGUUCCAGGGGUUCAAAGCGACAUGAUGAAUCAUCUUCUAGAGUACGCUUACCUCAGAUCUUUGGACGUGAAUCACAAAAAUGUCUGCCAAUUGCUGGCUACUGCGAAUUACUUGUGCAUAUUCGGAAUCCUGGAUCUCUGCCAGAACUAUCUCAAGGACAACCUGACCCCUGAGAACUGCAUUGGAGUUCUGAGAUUCGCUCGGGAACAUUUUUGCCAGCCUUUAGAGUCUGAUGCGCACACUUUCGUCAUGAGACAUUUCAUUGAGGUUGCAGUAAAAAGCAAGGAAAUACUCCAGCUGACAUUUGAAGAAAUCCAACCGAUGAUCACGACAGACGAAUUGAAUGUCAAGAACGAGGAAUGCGUCUGGGAGUUUGUUAUCCGCUGGAUCGACCAUGAUCCCCAGGAUCGACGAAGACACAUCAAGGACUUGAUGCGGACAAUUAGGUUAGGGCUGCUGGAUACCCAGUACUUUCUGGAGAAAGUCAAAGACCAUCCUUAUGUUAGUGGGGUUGAAGAAUGCAGGCCCAUUAUUAUUGAAACUCUGAGGUUCUUGUAUGACCUUGACAUGAUAACUCAAAAGGAUGGAGAGCUUGAUACUCCAGAAAUUGCGAGACCGCGCAUUCCACAUGAGAUCCUGUUUGCCCUUGGCGGCUGGAGAGGCCACAGCGCCACCAGUUUGAUGGAAACUUAUGACACUCGUGCUGAUAGAUGGAUUCCGGUGCUGGAGAAUGACCCAACUGGUGGAAGAGCUUACCAUGGAGCUGCAGUUAUUGGCUUUAAUAUGUACGUUGUCGGAGGAUUCAACGGCGUUGAGUAUCUCAACAGCUGCAGGUGCUUUAAUGCAGUGACCAAAAUUUGGCGAGAAAUAGCACCGAUGAAUUCACGAAGAUGCUACUCCAGUGUCGCUGUGCUAAAUGACAUUAUUUAUGCCAUAGGCGGGUAUGAUGGUCUUGAAAGGUUCAAAACAGCAGAACGAUACAAUUAUAAAGAUAAUCAGUGGUCAUUAAUCGCUCCUAUGAAUGUUCGGCGAUCAGAUGCUAGCGCUACUGCAUUAAAUAAUAAAAUUUGGAUCACCGGCGGGUUCAACGGCGAAGAUUGCAUUAAUUCUGCAGAAUAUUAUGACCCAGAUACUAAUCAAUGGACCAUGAUUGCUCCAAUGAAGUCUUGGAGGAGUGGAUUAUCUUGUAUUGCUUAUCAUGGUUGCAUUUACGUCAUAGGUGGAUUCAAUGGUAUUUCCCGAAUGUGCAGCGGCGAAAAAUACACUCCAGCAACAAAUACCUGGACCCACAUACCAGACAUGUACAACCCAAGAAGUAACUUUGCUAUUGAGGUUAUAGACGACAUGAUCUUCGCAAUAGGAGGUUACAACGGAGUCAGCACUACUUUUCACGUUGAAUGUUACGAUGAAGCUACCAACGAAUGGCAAUUGUAUGAAGCGACAGAUAUGAACAUGUAUCGAUCGGGAUUAUCAGCGUGUGUGAUAAUGGGCUUGCCGAACGUCAAUGAUUAUAUCCACAAGCACCGCGAAAGUCUGAUGGAAGAAAAGAGACAAAAAUUACUGGCGCUUGAAGUUCAACGGAGUCAUCAACAAAAUCAAAGAAAUAAUAAUAAUAAUAACAUUCAUAAUAAUGAACAUAAUAAUAACAAUCUCAAUGUUAAUAAUAAUGUUAACAAUAAUUUUUUAAAUUCAGUUGUUAAUGCGCCAGUAAUUUUACGGAGACCGUUUCAAAAUCACAAUCUUUAG